CCACACGGAGGUGGCCAUGAUUGGAAUGGACCCACCAAUUAGAGCUCAGCUAGAAACUAUUUAGCACAAGGCUCUCCUCCUCAAGAAAAACAAACAAGAGAAGCAUAAUUGCUCUCCUUCGAUUCCACAGAGAAUGAAGAAGAUGAAGAUGCAAACUUGCAGAGUUUCACGAUUAUUUCUUCUGUUUUUGAUUGUUUUCUAUUCCUACUCAUAUGUAGGAGCAGAAAAGACGAAUCAGAAGUUGAAGAAGAAGACUUACAUAAUUCACAUGGACAGAACCAACAUGCCACAAGCAUUUGAUGAUCAUUUCCAGUGGUACGAUUCUUCUUUGAAGUCAGUUUCUGAUUCAGCCCAAAUGCUUUAUUCCUACAGCACAGUGAUUCAUGGCUUCUCCACAAGAUUGACUGUGGAGGAGGCUGAGUUAAUGGAAAAGCGAGAAGGAAUUCUUGCUGUCAUACCUGAGGCGAAAUACGAGCUCCAUACGACUCGGACGCCUGAGUUUCUUGGACUCGGGAAGAGCGACUCUUUCUUCCCGGCAUCGGUGAAGGUGGGCGAAGUAAUCAUCGGAAUUCUCGACACCGGUGUAUGGCCUGAACUUGAGAGCUUCAACGAUGCAGGGCUUGGACCAGUGCCCACAAGCUGGAAAGGUGAGUGUGAAGUGGGUAAGAACUUCAGCUCGUCUAGUUGCAACAGGAAAUUGAUUGGAGCCAGAUACUUUGCAAAGGGCUACGAAUCGGCAUUCGGCCCGAUUGACGAAUCCCAGGAGUCGAAGUCACCGAAGGAUGAUGAUGGCCAUGGAACUCACACUUCAACUACUGCUGCUGGAUCCGCUGUGACUGGAGCCAACCUCUUCGGUUACGCUUCCGGGACUGCGAGAGGAAUGGCGGCCCAGGCUCGGGUUGCAACAUAUAAGGUAUGUUGGCUUGGAGGGUGUUUCGGCUCAGACAUUUUAGCUGCAAUAGACAAGGCUGUUGAAGAUGGUGUCAAUGUUCUGUCCUUGUCCCUUGGUGGAUCCUCCCCUGAUUACUACAGAGACAAUGUUGCCAUUGGAGCCUUCUCUGCUGCGGCUCAGGGAGUUUUUGUGUCAUGUUCUGCCGGGAAUGGCGGACCAUCAUCGGGUAGCUUGUCGAACGUCGCGCCAUGGAUAACCACRGUCGGGGCGGGAACUUUGGACAGAGACUUCCCGGCUUAUAUUACCCUUGGAAAUGGGAAGAAGUUCACAGGUGAGUCACUCUACAGUGGAAAGCCCUUGCCGGACUCUUUAGUACCAAUUGUGUAUGCAGCCCAUGCGAGUAAUUCUACCAGUGGUAGCAGUUGCCUGACCGGUACUCUGAAUCCGGCGAAGGUGGCCGGAAAAAUAGUCGUAUGCGACAGAGGAGGCAACUCUAGAGUACAGAAAGGGGUGGUGGUGAAAGAGGCCGGCGGUGCAGGGAUGAUUCUGGCCAACACUGAAACUUACGGGGAAGAAGAAUUAGCCGAUGCCCAUCUCUUGCCGGCGGCGGCCGUUGGCCAGAAAACCGGCGACGCGAUAAAGAGCUACAUCUCCUCCGACGCGAACCCAACAGCAAAAUUCAGCACCGGCACCACAAGGUUGGGGGUUCAGCCAUCGCCGGUGGUGGCCGCAUUCAGUUCUCGAGGCCCUAAUCUCCUCACUCCGCAUAUACUAAAACCCGAUCUGAUAGCACCGGGAGUAAACAUCCUGGCCGGAUGGACCGGCGCCGCCGGACCAACUGGUUUAGACGGCGAUAAGCGGCGCGUGGCAUUCAACAUCAUCUCCGGCACAUCAAUGUCCUGCCCGCACAUCAGUGGAUUGGCCGCUCUUGUGAAAGCCGCUCACCCAGAUUGGAGCCCGGCCGCCAUUAGAUCUGCCUUAAUGACCACAGCCUACUCAACGUACAAAAAUGGCGAAGCAAUUCAAGACAUAUCCAGCGGAUUACCGUCGACGCCGUUCGAUAUCGGCGCCGGACAUGUGAAUCCAGGGGCUGCCCUCGAUCCCGGCCUGGUUUACGACACCACCACCGACGACUACUUCGUGUUCCUCUGCGCCCUAAACUACACCUCACUUCAAAUUAAAGUAAUCGCCAAGAAAGACUUCACCUGCAGCGCGAGCAAGAACUACAAAUUGGAGGAUCUUAACUACCCAUCUUUUGCAGUUCCGUUGGAAACCCCUUCCGUCAGAGGAGGCGGAGACGCCGCACCGACCACCGUAAAAUACACAAGAACUCUGACCAACAAGGCUGCUUCAUCGACGUAUAAGGUCUCCGAGACGUCGAAAAGUCCGUCGGUGAAGAUUGUGGUUGAGCCGGAAUCUCUGAGUUUUGCGGAAGAAAAUGAGCAGAAGAGUUACACAGUGACUUUCAUUGCUUCACCAAUGCCGUCGGGAACAGAAAGCUUUGCCCGACUGGAAUGGUCAGAUGGGAAACACAUUGUGGGAAGCCCCAUAGCUUUCACCUGGACUUAAACCCAGAAGAAUGUCUGCAAAAAGAAUGGCAUUUCCAUGGAAUUGGAAGUGAAAACUGUCUCCUUUUAGUUUAACCUGUAUUGCCUGUUCUUGCCAAGUGCACCUUUUAAGUAUAACCAUAUCAUAUUCAUGGGAAAGGAAAAAAAAAGAAGGAAAGAAAGAACAAGGAUGGAAAAAAAAAAGAAUUGUACAGAAUUCAAGUGGAUUUGGCUUUGUUUUAUGUUUAUAACAUCAAUCAAGUAUUCCCAUUGUAAAUCCACGCACAAUCCUUAUUUGUGACCAAAAA